AUGUUGGCUGGCCCAAGGUCAAGUAGCUAUAGCUUUGCGAAUAAUCAUUCUGCCUUACAGGAGAAAAAUGUUAAGUACCUCGAGUUCAAAUAUUUAUACUUCAAGAUUCAAAAAUUGAUAAACCAGAAUGUAAUUUUAAGUCUUAAAUAUGAACUAUUGAGAACCCCGGAGAUACACUCGCAAAUAACCAAACCCUUAACUAUUACUAUAAUUGAGAUUUCUGCGCAGUCCACUUUGUCGAAGAAGUUGAACGGAAGUAACUACUACUAUAAUUCAGGAUAUGGAAUUAAUGGUACAAUUUCUCAAUGUGUUGUAUUUAUAUUGUUGUUAUUGAGAUAUGAAUACAUCAUUCAGUCUGAAAACAAUUUAAUUAGUUUCGAUUUGUUGACCACAAAGGCCAAUAUCUGUGAAAUACUUGCUAUAAGGAUGUUGAGAGAAUACAGAUCAAAUAAUAGAAUAAACAUGUUAUUCGUCAAACCUUUAGGUGCAGAGAAAUUCAAUACCCUAGAAUUGUCAGUUCUUGCCAAAUCCAAAAAGUUUCUCUCUCAGCCAAUUGUAACCCAGAUUAUGGAUAAGAUAUAUAAUGGAGAUAUUAUAAUCAAAGAGAACCAAACUGGCGGUGACCGUAGUGGUGACGAAGAAGAAUCGCUCUUAAGUCAAAAUGUUGCAAAUUAUAGGUUUCAAAGGAUUUCAAUGAACUUAAUAAAGAUAAGAUCCGAAAGUGUGCCUAAAUAUCAAUCUUUAGUCAUUAACAUCAAGUUAAUAGUUUUCACAGUAUUUUAUUUUCUAUUAAUUUUGAAACAUAAGCAUCAAAUACAAGAUAAUAGGUGGCUCCAAUUUGUUGAGAUUUUGUUUUGGUUGAUCAACUUGAAUAUAAACUUUGAAACGUUUAUCAAAUUAAGGCUCAUAAGAUUUAAGUUUCUUAGGAAAAUUAUUUGGACUUAUAUUGAUUUAAUUUUGAUAGGGUUAUUGGAUUUCGUGAUGCUAUUGAGAGUUUACAUUUUUUUAGCAGAUGGAGGUUCUACUAGUAAAGGUGCAAGUGAAAUAUUUCAUAACUUCUUCAGCAUAAUUUCAAUUAUACUUUUACCAAGAAUUUUAAGUAUUUUUAACAACUACGAAUUCUUUAAUAUGAUCAUAUUAUCAUUCAAAAGAAUGCUUUGGAAAAUGAUUGGGUUGUUCUGUUUAUUCAUCUCGUUAAUUAGUGGAUUUUAUAUUUCAUUUAUUUCCUUAUCAUUGAACCUUACAUCGUCGUCAAUUUUAUUUAGCAUGUUGAAGGUAUUUUUCGGAUUUACACCUUCUAUAUGGGAUAAUUGGGAUAAUUAUAACACAUUGGGUAGGUUUACUCAAAUGGGGUAUCUAUUUCUCGUUCAAUUUGUUAUUGCAACAAUCUUGGCGAUUGUAUUGAGUGAAGUCUUUCAUAAGAUCACUGCAACCAAUAGAGAAGAAUUUCACUAUUUUAAGGCAACGAAUAUAAUCAUUUACCAGCAAACAUCUCGGAUAUUUCAAAAAUUGAAUUAUAAUGAAUUGAAAAAUAAUAACAAUAACAAUAACAAUACUAAUAAUGGUUGUUCAAUGAUUCAAUUAGUUUCAAAGUUUAUCAUAGUUACGGUGCACAAACUUAUGGAUAUAUUCAAAUUUCCCAUAAUUAUCAUGAUCUUCUUGUACGAAAUAGUUCAGUCUCAAUUAUACAAGAGAGAAAAUAGUCGCCGUGGAGGGGUUGAUAUGAAGCAUUUCACAUUUUUAGAUAGAGAUAAAGACUACUACGGCGACUCCGAUAUGAUUGUUGACGAUGAAAUAGGUGGAAAAUCGAGAAAGGGUUCAGUAAUACCUGAACUAUCUAGCAUGAAUAGUCCAUUCUUUUCUUCCAACAACAACAAUAAUAAUAAUAAUGCUCCAUCUAAUAAUAAUGACAGCCACAACAGUCAUGUCGGUGCUAGUACUAACCACAGUAUGGGAGGAAGAAAACAUAGUAUAUUCGAAAACACUCUUGUUCCGGUACAAUCCAUCAGCACACUUGGGAACUUCAAAAGUGCUUCUACCGAUUCGUUGUUUAUUGAUGAAAUGCUUCACAGAAGGUAUGGCCAACAAUUGGAGGGCAUUGCAGGAGGCAUAUCAGUCAUUGACACAAUGAGAACUAGUUCCGAUAUUAAAAGGUCCAGAAGUCGAACAAACAGGGAUAUGAGGAAUGAAAAUGAGAUAAUGCAAAAGCUAAAUCAAAUUGAAAAUUUGUUUACUGAAGUGGUAAAGGACAAAGAACUUAGUCCAAGUAGAGAUAUUAAAGAAGUCAAACCAUACAGACCAACCACGGAAGACACAUUUGCCUUUAAGUCGCUAGAUUUUCAAAACGUAUACAAGACAUCUGAAUCGAAGUCAUUCAAUGAAGUUGACCUGGUGACAUCGAUUGAGUCAAUAAGCGAUGAAGAAGUAGGAAAUAACAUGUAA